AUGUCUAAAAAACAAAGAUUACUUCCACAUAAGGAUAUUGAGCCACUAGAAGGGUCACUCUUAAAAAGCAAAAGUUUGCAAUCUCGAAUAUUUCAAUCCUUUCGUGCCAUCGGAUAUGUUGCGAACGAAGUACCUUUUGACAUUCAAGCGAGAGGACAAGUUUUUUUCAUUACGACAAGCGUAGGCAACAGCUUUCAUGUGUAUGACUGCGGAAAACUUGGCACAACAACGGAAUCUCCUAUCACGGCGUUAGCCUCAUUUGGUGAUUCUACCUUUGUAGCUUGCAGCGAAGAAGUAGUUGAAUACAAGGGUGCUAUUGUACAUGCGCGAUAUCCUACGGGUCAUCAACAAAGCGUCUUUUCGAUGUUGAUUUUCGGAAAUUGGUUAAUUGUUUUGACAGAUGACAAUUUCAUGAUAGUUUGGGAUCAUGUAUUGAGAGAAAAACACGCCGAAAUUCCAUUCGACGAUGACUUUACAAUAACCGCAAUAAUUCAUCCAAGUACUUACUUAAAUAAAGUAUUGAUUGGCAGUAGACAGGGGAACAUGCAACUUUGGAAUGUAAACUCGAAAAAAUCAAUAUACUCGUUUGCUUCAUUCGGAAUAUCUAUAACAUUCCUCGCACAAUCUCCGGUGGUUGAUGUUGUUGCAGUUGGAUUGCUUGAUGGAAUGAUAGUCCUACAUAACAUUAGACUGGAUGAGCGUAUCAUUUCGUAUAAACAGGAGGGAAGAGUAACAUCGAUUUCUUUUAGAACUGAUGAUUACCAUAUUAUGGCAUCUUCUAAUAUGUACGGAGAUAUCGCUCUCUGGGACCUCGACGAGAAAAGAUUGUCACACGUGAUUAGAGGUGCUCACGAAGGGUUAAUCCCUUCCAUUAAAUUCCUUAAUGGGCAACCGAUACUUAUAUCGUCAGGCGCGGAUAAUUCCAUUAAAUGGGUUUUCGAUUCUGUAGAUGGAGUUGAGCCUAGAUUGUUAAAGUCUCGUAGUGGUCAUCAUGCUUCACCGACAAAUAUCCAAUAUUAUGACUCUGACGGUCACUUUAUUCUUAGUACUGCUGGAGAUAGAUCAUUGAGAGCAUUUUCAAUAGUACGAGAUUCGCAGAGUGUGGAAUUAUCACAAGGAUCUCUUAUUAAGAAAGCAAAGAAAACCACUGGUGCUCUGAAAAAUUUAGACGCUUUAAAAUUGCCUCAAAUUAUACGGUUCUCUGCAUCAAAACAGAAAGAGUGGGAUAACAUAAUUACUUGCCAUAUCAAUGAUAGUGGUGCUCGUACAUGGUCAUUCCAAUCGAAAGUAAUUGGUAAACAUGUUCUUCGCACCCUUGAUGGUACACACAUUAAGGCCGUAAAUAUUAGUGCUUGUGGGAAUUUUUGUUUUAUCGGAUCAUCAUCUGGCGCCAUAGAAAUGUAUAACAUGCAAUCAGGAAUUCAUCGAAAAACCUUCGCGGGCGAAGAGAAGCAUACUAAAGCUAUUUCUGGUUUGGCAAGUGAUUCAAACAAUCGUAUUCUGAUUAGCAGCUCUCUUGACGGCACGGUCAAGAUAUGGGAUUUUAAAACGGCUAAAGUUUUGCAUAUAAUAAAAAUCAUGUCACCGAUCACUUCAUUAAAGUUCCAUACAGAGAAUGACCUGUUGGCAAUUGUAAGUGAUGAUCUGUGUAUUCGUGUCAUAGAUGUUGAAACACGUAAGAUCAUUAGAGAAUUUUGGGGUCACCAAAAUCGAAUAACCGAUCUGACAUUUAGUCCUGAUGGUCGAUGGAUAAUUUCUGCGUCCCUUGAUGCUACAAUCCGAACCUGGGAUCUUCCCACCAGUCAUUUGGUAGAUAUUUUUGAGGUUGAAAAUGUCGUGACUAGUAUGACCUUUUCUCCAAAGGGUGAUUUCUUGGCAACCGCGCAUGUAGACCUGUUCGGAAUAUAUUUGUGGGCGAAUCGUACGCAGUUUUCCAACGUAACUUUGCGACGGAUUACAGAUGAUGAAGUCAUAUCUGUCGAGCUCCCAACAACAUCAGGCAUCGACGGUGAUAUUGAUGCUGAUUCCGAAGGUGAAGACAAAAAAUCCUUUGAAACGCCAGAGCAACUUACAGAGCAGAUGAUAACAUUAUCGUCACUUCCGAAGUCAAAAUGGCAAAAUUUAUUGAAUCUUGACACUAUUAAGAAACGGAACAAACCUAAAGAACCACCGAAAGUUCCAGAGAAAGCACCAUUCUUUUUACCCACUCUUCCUGGUGUCGAUCCAAAGUUCAUUCCAGUUCUUGAUCAUGAUAACAGUGAUUCUAAAAAAAAUGAAAAGGCCAUUAAAUUGGGAGAUCUGAAAAUGGAAACAGAAUUCAUGAAAAUAUUAAAGAAUGAUCAUUCUAAAGGAGAAUACACGGAAUUCUUCAAUUUUGCAAAAACCAUGAAUCCUCCAGCAAUCGAUUUUGAGUUAAGGUCAUUUAGCCUUAACAAUGAUUUUGAAGAUUUAAAAUAUUUUCUUGAUGCUAUCAGGUCGAGAAUUGAGUCCAGAAAGGAUUUUGAAUUAGUUCAAGUGUAUUUGAACCGUUUUUUGAAAAUCUAUGGAGAUAUUAUUGUUAAUAAUCCAGAACAUUUUAGAAACCAUUUAGAAGAAAUAUUGAGCAAACACACGAAAGAAUGGGCCAGAGUAGAAGAAUUAAUACAUUACAAUAAUUGUGUUUUAAGCUUUUUCAGAAGAUGA